GUCUCUUUUUAGCUGUGCUCGUGAGAACAUAUCGAUUAAUAAGAACAAGAAAAGUGUCUGCUAGUAAAAUUAAUUCUGAGAAAGAUUAUUAUCUAUUAUUAGCGAUGAUUUUACCUUUUCUUCUAUUUACGGCCAUUGCCGUUGCAAUCUACUACAUAUACACGUAUGGAACGAAAAAUGAAAAUUAUUUUCUCGAAAGAGGAAUUCCUUUUCGCAAACCGAUGUUUAUCUUUGGGAACUCCUUCAAGUUGGUAAUUAGAAAAUUAUCUGCCUUCGAAUACGUACGAGACAUGUCUAAAUAUUUUCCCGGAGAGAAGCUUGUUGGAGUGUUUGAUUUCCGAGAUCCUGUUGUAUUUAUGCUUGAUCCUGAAAUUGUUAAGCACCUCUGUGUGAAGGAGUUUGAUAGUUUUACUGACCACAGAAAAAUAAUUAGCGAAGAUUCUGAUCAUCUUUUUGCCAAUUCGCUCUUUGCCUUACAAGGCCAAAAAUGGAAAGACAUGAGAGCAACUCUGAGCCCUGCUUUCACAGGAAGUAAAAUGCGCCAAAUGUGUGAUCUUAUCGUUGAGAUUUGUGAACAAAUGGUGGCAUUUCUCAAGGAAGAAGUAGAAGAGAAAGGUCCUCAAAUUUACGAAGCUAAAGAAGUAUACUCCAGAUUUGCAACUGAUGUCAUUGGAACGUGUGCUUUUGGAAUUAAAGUUGAUUCUUUAAAGGACAAAGAGAAUGAUUUCUACAAAACAGCACAGAAGAUGUUUAAUUUUUCCAAUAUUUUGGUUCUAAUUAAAUUUGUGCUCUUCCGUCUUGUUCCUAUGGUUAUGAAAUUCUUCAAUAUUCAACUUUUUGAUGAAAAAUGCAGAAGUUUUCUCAAGAAUUCCGUGCUUGAUACAAUGAAGGUCAGAGAAGAGAAGAAAAUUAUUCGUCCUGAUAUGAUUCAUCUCCUUAUGGAAGCCCAGAAGGGUAAUCUGACUCAUACAACAAUUGAAAAUGAUACAGCAGGAUUUGCAACGGUUGAGGAAUCCCACAUUGGCAGGAGUAAAGCAAAGAGAACGUGGUCUGAAGAUGAAAUUGUGGCUCAAUGCUUUCUCUUCUUCUUAGCUGGAUACGACACAAUAUCAAAUAUGUUGAGCUUUACCACAUACGAAAUAAUGGUUAAUCCUGAUAUCCAGGAGAGACUCUUUGAGGAAAUAUCUGAGACAAACUCAAACCUUGAUGGAAAGUCUCUGAAGUAUGAUACUCUGCAAAAUCUGAAAUAUUUAGAUAUGGUGAUUUCAGAGAGCCUUAGAAAAUGGUCAGCUCCAGCGGUAGAUAGGGUUUGUAACCGAACAUUUACCCUCAAAUACGAUAAUAAGGAAUACACCUUUCACAAAGGCGAUGUCUUCUGGAUUCCAAUUGUUGGCUUCCACCAUAAUCCUGAAUAUUUCCCCAAUCCAGAAAAGUUUGAUCCUGAACGAUUCAAUGAUGAAAAUAAAUCAUCAAUAAAUCCUGCAGCGUACAUUCCCUUUGGCGUUGGACCUCGUAAUUGUAUUGGUUCUAGGUUUGCAUUGAUGGUCCUUAAGUCUAUUUUGUACUACUUGAUCCUGAAUUUUCACAUAGACGUUACCGAAAAAACUCAAAUUCCUGUUAAACUGGCUAAAAGUCUAUUUGGCUUGCAGUCAGAACGAGGAAUUCACGUUUCUUUCCGACCAAGACGCUAAAAAUAUUUGAAUGAAGAAUCAUCAAAAACAUAAAAUAUUCUUAACAUUACUCAUUAAUAAAACAUAAAUGUUUGUGAUGUAAGCAUACGUACUGUGUAAAUUCAAUGGCAGAUAUAAAGUUCAAUGAAUGUUGUCACGUUUAUUUUAUCAGUCUGUUUGAUAAGCGAGAUUGCAAAUAUUGCAAUUCAUUUUUCAAAUUAAAUAUUACGUCUCUUCUUAAAAUAGAGAGAAAAAUUUGUUUUUGGUUUUUGUUUUUAGGACUUACAGCUGUCUUAAAAAAUAUAUAUUAUUUAUUAAUUUAUUGAAUAAAAAAAUAGAAAUAAUUUGCUCUCAUCAAAAUAAACCAAAAGGUAAAUCAAAUUAAAAUGAAUUAAAAGAAAUUCGACGCCAAAGAUAAAUCGUACCUAUUUGUCUAUUUAUUGUAAUUUUUGAUCAAAUUGAAUAAAUAAAUUGAUUUCAGAAAAAAA